UCCAUGAUGGCAGAAGAUCCUGGCGGAACAAUUUUCAAUUUGUCUGUUAUUUUUCUUUCUUUCUCUCUACCUCAGCUUGCCAUAGAGACAUGGCAGGACUCACUGCCCUGCUAAGCGUCCGCAGAUCACUUGUGUCGACAUGCCCAAGAAAGGGAACCGAAAACGGCUGAAAUUUAAGGCCGGGGACGUUUGUUCGGAAUCAGUAACUGUUGCUGAUUAUGCUGACGCCGACCCAGCCGUUGUGAAGUCAGGGAGGGUAAAAAAGGCAGUUGUAAAUGCAGUGGAAAAAGAAGUAAAAUUGCUUUGCGGCUUGGAAGCCUCUCAGGGUGCGGUGGAAGAGGUGCUCUCAUCUGCACUUAGUGUCCAAGGUGAAGCCCUGGACAGCAGUGAUGAGCUGGAACCUGAAGAAGAUGGAGAAAAUGAAACUAAAGUAGCCCGCAAGAAGAAAAACAAAAGAAGAAAGGAAAACAGUGAGAGCAGUGAUGGUGAGGAUUAUCCUGUAGACAUCUGGUUGGUGCUUUCCUCCUAUAUUCGACCUGAAGAUGUUUGCAGGUUUGCAUUGAUUUGUAGGAAUGCCUGGACUGUCACCUGCACUGCAGCAUUUUGGACCAGGCUCUAUAGAAGGCACUACAAGAUCGACACUGAUCUACCAUUUCGUCUACAGCCUGACUCUGUUGAAAAGAUGCGCUGUCUACGGGCUUGUGUAAUUCGCUCCCUUUUCCAUUUGUAUGAGCCAUUCAGCUUGCGUGUCUCAAAACUCCCUGCCCUUCCAGAAUCUACACCCACAACUUUGUUGAACUCCAAGUGUUUACUGUUCUGGGUCAAAAAGGUGUCAGGGACUCGACCAGAGCCUUUGUGGGAGUUUAACUUUAAAUUUUUAAAGCAGCAGGGACAUACAAAGAAUGGUAGUGCCAAACCCUUGUGCAUGCCCAGGCAAUACGAAGACGUUCACAAAAACCCAGACUCUGACUGCUACAUGCUUCAAGUCACCACCCUCAACUUCAUCUUCAUUCCUGUGGUCAUGGGCAUGACACUUGCACUGUUCACAAUCAACGUUAGCACAGACAUGCGUCACCACCGUGUUCGCCUAGUGUUCCAGGACUCACCGCUCCAGCGGGGGAAGAAGAGAGGGGAUCAAGUUGGAACUCAAGUGGUGCUGGAUCCUGUUCAGAGUGUACGACUUAUGGACUGGUGGCAUCCACAGUACCCCUCCUCUCCCUGCACAUGAGAGCCCCCUAUAGCCGAACAUCACUUCAAAAGUCCUGCUGUAAUUUCAUCAUUUCACUCAAACAAAAGUAUGAUGUUGGAUAUUUCUGCACAACUUAUGAGAACAUGCAGUAUUUUUGCAAACAUUUGUGCUCACUUAUCUGGUUAAUGUUUGCUUGAAGGAGGAGAAAGUUAGGGAAGAUAGGACUUUUUCAAGAAGAACACAAACUGAACAUCAUAAUUCCUCCUGCAUUGACAUUAAAUUUAUGUUGUGUACUGCAGAAUUGUCCAACAUGACUGUUUUCUCUAUAGAUCUGCUGAUGUCAAAAGUACCUCCUCAUCCCUCUGAGAGACCUGUAGUCCAUUCACUCGUGCAACACGUUUCAGCUUCAGCAGUUCCUCACUGUUUAUGAACACAUGCAGAAGCAGGGCUGGGUUAUAUAUCAACCACACACAUAAAAGUUUCAUGAUUACUCCAUGGUCAUUUGAAACCUGUUCAGUGUGUAACAUUUAGGGAGAUUCAAGCUGUAAAUGCAGAAAUGGAAAAAUAUUCACAACAAUGUUUAAUCUAUAAUGAGAAAAUAAUUGUUUAUUUUCUUUUUACCUUUAGACUGAGCCUUUUUAAAUCUAGCCCGAUUCCUCUGAAUCGGGCUGCUUCACUGGAAUCAACCAUUUUACACCACCAUAUUUCUACAGUAGCUCAGAACAGACUACUUAUGUUUUGUAGUAGGUUGCAUUACCCGCAUCUAUUAUCCUUUAAUGUAGACUGGAAGGGCAUUUGUGGUAUUUGCAGCCACUGUAUGGGAGAGUGACUUGCAUAUUCACUAGGUUGUAAUCUGGAACUUCACAUCUAGAUGGCUCGAAAUUUUACUGUAUUAAAAUUAAUUGUCAAAUUUAGAUAUCUGGGAAAAAUUCUACCCUAGAUUUGAUUGGCAGAAGUACAUUACAAGAAAAAAACACUAAACAUUGAAAUCAUUAUAGCUGGGCUAAUUUCAUGACCUUUGUUGCAGUCCACAGUGUACAAAAAUAUUGUGAUAGUUAAUUUUAAUAAAUGCUGAUAUAUUACCCAGCCCUUAUAGCUCUCACGGAGUUAAUAGUAUUGUAUGUUCAACCUACAUGUGACAAAAGUUUCUGGAAAGUCAAGGAUUAACAGGGUGGAUCAUUUGUGUUAUCCUCUACUUCUUUGAAGAUUUUUUUUUUUUUAAUUUGUCCUUUGACAAUGUUUCAUCAACAGACUGGCAUUAUCCUGUUAAAACAGCAUUUUUCUUUUGUGUGUUAAGGCAGCCUCUCAUAGUAUUGUGUGGUUAUCAAUAACACUGCUGUAGACUGAAGGGGCCAAAGAGGCGAUUUACCUCAGAUGUCAUCCACUCAACUGCCGCUUUGGGUAGUAUUUAUUUUCUGUCAAAUGUUUCUUGGAACAAAAACACCUUGUCUUGCUGAUUAUGUGACUGGUGCCUCCCACUGCAACCUGUUCCUGAAUGGCUAAACAUGAUUUAUGUGAUCUGUCUAAAGGCAAAAUGGUUGUUGGGAAAAUUGCACAAGUCGCUUGCUUGAUUAGGAUGUGCUAUGGAAGGAGAGUGACAGUAUAACUGAAACUAGUUUAUUCUCCUUCCAUCAUGCACAGUAAAAAUGACAAAACCUGAUUUGGUGUGCACAUAUACAUAUUAUGUAACUACAUAUUCUUCUGUUCACAAGACGGACUCAAAAGUUUAGUCUAGAGAGUAAAAGCUAGUUGACUGCAGUCCCUUUCCACAGAGGACAAUUGGAUGUUUACAUUAGCAGCAGUUGAUUGUGUAAGUGGGUGGUCUAGUUUCAUCAGACAAGAGAUGCAGUGAUGCACUUGUGCACUGAAAUAAAAACUAAAACUGCCCAUUCA